CAUAUCAACCAAUCGGAUGCCAAAGAAUGCGAAUCGGAUUUGCAAUAAAUGCAUCGUAACUGCGAUUCUUUGCGCACAUAAUAGUGGAUGAGAUAACAGACCAAAAAUUAAUAAAUCAAAAGUAUCCAAAACUUUCGCAAAUACUCUGUAUUUUAGUGAGAAUUUUUGUUGGGCUAUAAAAUCUCGUGUUGACCACAAAUAGUGAAGAGUAGACAAUGACCUCAUACCUGGACAAAGGCGAGCGGCCAGACGGCGGCCGAUUCGUGCACUUCGAUCACAUCACAUUUUGGGUGGGAAACGCCAAACAGGCGGCCCUUUACUAUUGCGUUCACCUGGGCUUCACUCCGUACGCCUAUCGGGGCCUCGAGACCGGUUCCCGAGAAGUGGUCGCGCAUGUGGUCAAACAGAACGACGUGUUGUUUGAGUUCCAGUCGGCCCUCAAUCCGGGCAACAGUGAAAUGGGCGCCCAUUUGGUCAAACACGGCGAUGGCGUCAAAGAUAUAGCAUUUUCUGUGGAAAACAUUGACUUUAUUGUGUCGAAAGCCAAGGAAAAGGGAGCGCUUGUGGUCCGCGAUAUACACCAAGAAUCGGAUUCGUUUGGAACCGUUAAGUUGGCCACAGUUCAGACAUUUGGCGACACAACCCAUACAUUUGUUGAACGAACCAAUUAUAAAGGCCUAUAUCUUCCCAAUUAUAAGACAACUCCAUUAGAUACUGGAUUGUUGGCAACUCUUCCGCGCGUUGGCCUCCGAUUCACCGAUCAUUGUGUCGGUAAUCAGCCGAACGAUGCCAUGGAAUCAGUCACACAAUGGUAUGAGAAGAGUCUGUUGUUUCACAGAUUCUGGUCCGUCGACGACAAGCAGGUCCACACCGAGUACUCGGCUUUGCGCUCAAUAGUAGUGACCAAUUGGGAUGAGACCAUCAAAAUGCCGAUCAACGAACCCGCGCCCGGAAAACGCAAAUCACAGAUUCAGGAGUAUAUCGACUAUUAUGGCGGAGCAGGCAUUCAACACAUCGCUCUCAACACCGAGAAUAUCAUUGAAGCGCUCAAAGCGUUGAGAGCCCGAGGAAUGGAGUUCAUGAAGACUCCGGACUCGUAUUACAAGCAAUUGAAAGAAAAGCUGAAGACAUCGAAAGUGAAGAUCGUUGAGGACAUGGAUGUGUUGCAGGAGUUGAACAUUUUGAUCGAUUACGACGAUAACGGCUAUCUGUUGCAGAUCUUCACGCGCCCGAUGCAGGACAGGCCCACUCUCUUCAUUGAAGUGAUUCAACGCCGCAAUCACUCGGGCUUUGGAGCCGGAAAUUUCAAGGCUCUCUUCCAGGCCAUUGAAGCCGAACAGGAGAUCAGAGGAAACCUUUGAAUCCUUCAACCCUUAUAAGCCUUAGAUUUACUCAACUAUUUCUUUACGCCAACAGAAUAUACAAUAACUAUAUUUGUUAUAAUUUUGAUGUCUAUUAUGUACUAAUUGUGGGUUUUAUUUGUUUAAUUGUAUAAAAGGGUUAUUAAUAAAGUUUAUUUCAAUUUAUGUAUUAAUCGUUGACCAA